AUGGCAGCAGUUACAUCCAGCUUGUCUAAAGAUCAGGAGAAGGAGCUCCUCUCUCUCUUUGGCCACGUCAAACUCCAUCUGCUCCACAAAGCCAGCAUCCAUGGGUUCACAGCUGCUGCAUUCCACAGCCACUGUGACCAACAAGGCCCCACCAUUAUUGUGGCUUAUAAUGCUGCUGAAUUCAUAUAUGGUGCUUACACCUCCAAGCAUUACACCCAGGGUGGAGAUAAUAUCAGUGAUGACAAGGCUUUUCUCUACAGCAUCAGUAAGAGAAACAAACCAAUGAGGCUGUCAGGUAUAAGCGGCCAGUGUGCUUUCACUGAUGGAGGCACAGGCCCGAAUUACGGUGCUCUGGUGUUCUUACAUGAUGACAAACCUGCAGUACAGUCCAAUCCAGGCACAGGCUUCAUCUUUCAGGCUCCAGAGAUGCAUGGAAAUGACUUGGCACUGACAGAGUUUGAAGUGUAUCGAGUUGAAGAGCUUGGAGAUCGCCUGCCCAAGCCCUGGAGGACCAUUGAAUGGACAGCUGAACAGAAACAGAAACUGAUGAAGGCCAUCCUGAACUAUAGGCCUCACAUCAAAACAGUACAUCAAGCACGCGUGUUGUUGGUGGGCCCAGUUGGAGCUGGUAAGUCCAGCUUCUUCAACUCCAUCAGCUCAGCAUUUCGAGGCAACAUGACAUCCCAGGCCAUAGCUGGCACAGGAGGGACGAGUGUGACCACUCAGUUUCGCACCUACAGUAUCAAGGCAGGGAAAGGCGGUGGAGUUGUUCCUCUGAUCCUCUGUGACACAAUGGGGAUAGAGGAAAAUGGUGGUUUGGACAUUGAGGACAUGGUCAACAUCUACAAAGGUCACAUCAAAGAUCGCUGCCAGUUUAGUACAGCUGGGCCUCUUCCUCCAGAUGCUCCUGGCUAUAAAAAGCAUGUGACUCUGAAUGACAUGAUUCACUGUGUGGUUUAUGUGGUUGACACCUGCAAGGUCUCUGUUCUCAGCCAAAAAAUGCUGGACAAGCUUACUGCCAUCCGGAAAAAGACUAAUCAGCUAGGAAUUCCUCAGGUUUUGUUGAUGACUAAAGUAGACGAGGCCUGUCCACUGGUAGCAGAAGACUUGAAGAAUGUUUAUCACAGCUUUUACAUCCAGAAGAAGGCACAUGAGUGGAGUGAGUCUCUGGGCAUCCCGUUGUCCUGUGUGAGGCCAGUGAAGAACUACAGUGAGGAGCUGGACCUGGACCAGGACACUGACACUCUGCUGUUUAGUGCUGUUCAGCACAUGCUGAACUUUGCAGACAGCUUUUUUGAGAACCAGGUUGAGAAUCAAGAGGAGAAUGAUCAGACGGAGCUCUACAGAUCCAGUGAUCAUCCUCAUCCCAUUUUUGUGGAACAGAAAGAACAUCACAUCAUUUGA